ACCUUUAAAAGAUGUUCACUAUAGCCAUUUGUGAUAUAGCAAAACAUAGAAAGAAGAUCAACAGAGAGGGACAGAGAGUGAUCGCAGGAGGUCUUGAUAGGUCAGAGGUGGUAUUAUCACACUGCGUCAGCUCUGUGCCGCUAUAAAGGGCCAAGCCAUCUGUAGAGCAUUACAAUCUCAACCCAAUUCUCUUGAGGACUGCAAGAAAGGAAAGAUUGCAAAGAUGAAACUGUACCUGGCUGCAGCUGUGCUGAUGCUUGUACUUGCUGUACACACAGAGGCCCAGGAGGAGCCUACACUGGAGCAGCAUUUCACCAAAUUCCAGACCCAGGUGAAAGCGAUUGCAGAUGACCUGACAGAGAAGACCAAGAGCACCUUCGAAAACCUUGAAAAGAGCGAGUUUGUUACUAAAACCAAGAACUGGUUUACUGAGCAGUUUGAGCAAAUUAAGCAGAAAAUGACUGAAACCUUCAAUUAAAGUGUAAACCAAUAACCUUACCCUCUUCCCUGCAAUCAUGCAAUUGCUGUGUGAUAUGUGAUACCACCCCCACCCUGUUGUGCCAACUGGUGCAUUUGUUACAGUUCAGUACAUAUUCAAAAACUGUUAUGAGCUCCUUGUCAUUUGUGUGAUCUGUACAAUUUUGUGGGAUGCUGUUAAAUAUCGUGGGGAAAAAUGCAAAAUAUACAUUCUGAAUUUUUUCAAAAGAAUAAACAGUGAAACACAGAA